AUGUCUGAGCUCAAGCGAGUACUAGUCACCGGAGGUGCAGGAUACAUCGGCUCGCAUGUCAUCUUUGCUCUCCAGCAGACGCGGAGAUACAAGGUCAUCUCGAUCGACAACCACCACAACUCGUCCCCCAAGGCCCUUGAGCGUGUCGCCAAGCUCGCGCGCGAGGCUCUCCCUGCCGAUGCGUCCGAGCAAGACAAGGACAGCGCCGAGAUCGACGGACACACCGCGGACCUCACCAAGCCCGACCAGAUCCGCGCCGUGUUUGCCAAGUAUGGCAAGGGCGGCAUCUGGGGCGUCGUUCACAUCGCGGCAUACAAGGCCGUCGGGGAGUCGACAGAGAUCCCGCUGACGUACUACGAGAACAACGUCGCCGCGACAGUCUACCUCCUCCAGGUCGCGGGCGAGUUCGACUGCACGCGCAUAGUCUACUCGUCCUCUGCGACCGUGUACGGUACCCCACCCAUUAUCCCCAUUCCCGAGACGACCCGCCUGGAGGCACAUUCGCCCUACGGAAAGACCAAGGUCAUGUGUGAGACCAUCAUCUCCGAUCUGUGUGCCGCUGAGCCAAAGCGCUGGCGCGGUCUAUCAUUACGUUACUUCAAGCAAGUCCCCGCGGGUGCGCAUCCGUCUGGUGACAUCGGUGAAGCACCUAUCGGCCGUCCCGGAAAUCUCUUCCCCCUUCUCGCCGCCAUCGCCGUCGGUCGCCAACCCAACGACCUGAAGGUCUUUGGUAACGACUACCCCACCCCCGACGGCACCUGCGUGCGGGACUACCUGCACGUCCUCGACCUGGCCAAGGGCCACCUGCUCGCCCUGGACGCGCUCGCGCCUGAGUCGACGGCGUUCGACGACUGCCCGACCGACGCGCGCUACAAAGCGUACAACCUCGGCCGCGGGCAGGGCCUGAGCGUGCUCCAGAUCGUCGAGGCGAUGCGCGCCGAGACCGGGUUCGACUUCAAGUACGAGAUCGUCGGCCGCCGCCGCGGGGACGUGCCCGACCUGACGGCGGACCCCGCGCUCGCGGAGAAGCAGCUCGGCUUCAAGGCGGAGAAGGACCUGAAGACGAUGUGCCGCGACCUGUGGAACUGGCAGACGAAGAACCCCAAGGGUUAUGAUUCCGAUUAA